CCCGCCACUGGGUGACUGCGGACUCUGGCCCCAAGACCGAGUGAAGUAUCCAGCCCUUAAGAAGACCCCCCCGUGAUGGGACCCUGGAUUCCUGGAUUCCUUCCCUUGCUCCUGCUGCUGCUUGUGGGGGUGAAGUCCCCUGAUCCUAGGAACCAGCGCUGGUCGCACUCUCUGCGGUACGACCUCACGGCAAUGUCCGAGUCCAGCCCUCGGCUACCUGGACGGCCGCGUCUUCGUCGUCUAUGACAGCAGGAGCCACCGUGCCAGGCUCAGGAGCCCCGGGGCCACGGACGGGGAGCUGGCCUCGCUGCUGGCAGCCGCGGAGACGGCGUUCCUCAAGGGUCGCGCGCAGGACUUGGCUUGGGGUCUGAAGACCAUCAUGGGCUACAACGAGCUCAGCGGGGAGGGCUCCCCAGGGCCCCAUACACUGCAGCUGAGCCACGGCUGCGAGCUGGGCAGCAGCGGUAGAUUCUGGCGCUACGGCUACGACGGGGAGGACUUCACCGCCUAUGACCCAGCGACCUGGGCCUGGGGCGCGGCGCUGCCGGAGCCCGAGAGGCGGCGGCGGCAGCUGGUUGUCGGGAGCCGCCUGUCUGCGGUGCGCGUGUGGCUGGACCGCCAGUGCGGGGCGGCGCUGCGGCGCUGGCUGACUGCGGGGCUCGGGGGCCCGGCACCAGUGGUGCCUCCCCGCGUGGUGAUCACCCAGCGAGAGGACCCUGAAGGCCAUUACACCCUGAAAUGUAGAGCAUUUAGCUUCUCCCCUGCCAACAUCACUCUGACUUGGCUGCUGGAAGGCCAGGAGCUGACCAAGGACUCAGGACCCAGGGAUGCGCUACCUGCGGGGAACGAGACCUACCAGAGCUGGGCAUCUGUGGCUGUCCUCCCGGGAGAGGAGCUGAGAUACACCUGCCUGGUGGAGCACCUGGGCCUGAACAGGCCCCUCAGUGUGACCUGGGGGCGUAAUGGCUCACUUCCCACUGGAGCCAGUCCUAGAGUCCAGUGGAGCCAUCUUUCCCUCACACCCUCAGACAUGGGACAGGCAGCCAGAAUGCAGAGAUUUUUCAAGUGAAGGAAAAUAAAGGAAAGCCUCCAAACACCAGCAAAGAAUUUUAAGGCUAUUCUAUCACCUGGAGACUUGGAACAAAUGAUUUUUAGAAAGCGUCAAAGCAUUCAUGGAGAAAUGGCCAGCAAUGUUUGGCUUGUAAAGCUGGCCCUUAAUAAAUUAAUUAAUUAUGCUGUGGUGUU